CCGUCUCUCCUCCACGCUCCAGUCAUCUUCAUCCUUUCCCUCCCCACACUAUCAUCAUGUCUCGCAUUCCGAAGGACCAGAUGCAGAAGCUUCAGAUGAUGCUGAAGAAGACCGGGUCUGGUGGAGGCUUCGGUGGUUUCCCCACGGGCGGUGGUCAAGGCGGCGGAAAGUUCUGGGGAACUGUCGCCUUGGUCGGCAUUGGAUCUUAUGUCGUGUCGGACUCGCUCUUCAACGUGGACGGUGGUCACCGUGCGAUCAAAUACUCCAGGGUAGGCGGUGUUAAGAAGGAGAUCUACAGUGAAGGAACCCAUUUCCGAAUUCCCUGGUUCGAAACGCCCGUCAUCUACGAUGUGCGCGCAAAGCCGCGCAACAUCGCUUCCCUGACCGGUACCAAGGACCUGCAGAUGGUCAACAUCACCUGCCGUGUUCUGUCCAGA